UGGCCUCCAGUCAACCAUUAUGCCAAACCUGUUUUAUUAUUGAAGACUUAUCCCAGGCCCGGCCAUGAGCAACGCCAUAGUGCAAACAACCUCUCAUGGUAGCAAUGGGCUACUGUUUGCUGGUUGGAACCAGGACCAAGGAUGCUUUGCUUGUGGCAUGGAGAAUGGAUUCAGGAUAUACAACUGUGACCCACUGAAGGAAAAAGAGAGACAAGAUUUUGAAGACGGUGGACUAGGUUAUGUGGAGAUGUUGUUUCGAUGUAAUUAUCUGGCGCUAGUUGGAGGUGGACCUCGUCCAAAGUAUCCCACAAAUAAAGUUGUGAUUUGGGACGAUCUUAAAAAAGAACAUGUUGCUAUUCUUGAGUUUCCAAGUCCUGUAAAGGCUGUCAAAUUACGCAGAGACAAAAUUGUUGUGGUGCUGGAUAAUAGAAUAAGUAUAUUCAACUUCACAAGAAAUCCACAAGAGCUGCAUCAGAUUGACACUGCCCCUAAUCCCAGAGGUCUGUGUGUCCUCUGUCCCAACUCAAACAACUCCCUGCUGGCAUAUCCCGGGCUUGAGACUGGCCACGUCAAUCUAGUGGACCUGGGUGACAUGCAUAGACAACCAGUGGACAUAACCGCCCAUGAAGCUUCACUCAGUUGUAUUGCUCUCAACUUGCAAGGCACUCGAUUGGCUACAGCAUCUGAGAAGGGCACUCUGAUCAGAGUGUACGACACUACCACUCAUGACCAAAUACUGGAGCUGAGGAGAGGAGCUGCUCAUGCCAACAUUUAUUGCAUCAACUUCAACCAGGACUCUUCCCUGUUGUGUGUUUCCAGUGAUCACGGAACAAUACACAUCUUUGCUUCAGAGGAUCCAGCCAAGAAUAAGCAAUCCAGUUUUGCUAAGGCCCGAGGCAUUCUUCCCAAGUACUUUAGUUCCAGAUGGAGUUUUACCAAACUCACAGUCCCUGGAUCCAUGAAAUGCACCUGUGCCUUUGGCAGUGAUAAAAAGUCUGUUAUUGCUAUCUGUGCUGAUGGAAGUUAUUACAAGUACUCAUUCAACAGCAAAGGAGAGUCGCGUAGAGAUAGCUACUCUAGAUUUCUCCAAAUGACUGAUGACUAGUUACAUUUCUGAUUGAACUGUUUUUUAAUUACCUUUUUAUUUCAUGCAGUGUGUAUUUAGACUGUUUGCAAGAUUCUAAUUUUGAUGAACACUCA